CUAUGCUGUUCUGAUUGCCAGUUGAGACAUAAGGGAUUCAUGUGUCGUCCUGCUCUUGGAGAGUGUGACCUCCCUGAAUAUUGUGAUGGUACCUCCGGAGAAUGCCCCAUAGACCGCUAUAAGCAAGAUGGCACAUUGUGUGACAGAAUUCACUAUUGUUUUGGCGGCCGGUGUAAGAACCCUGAUAAUCAAUGUGUGGAUAUAUAUGGGUCCCCUGCAAGGUCUGCCCCAGAACACUGUUAUAUUUCCAUGAACACCAAAGGAGACCGGUUCGGGAACUGUGGCUUGUGGGCCUCGUCUAGGACAAAGUAUGUUAAUUGCUCUGAUGAUCAUAUAUUUUGUGGGAAACUUAUAUGUACAAAUAUUAGACGGAUACCAGCAAUCAAACCCCACCAUACUCUGAUCCAGGUACCUCACAAAGAUGACUGGUGCUGGAGCAUGGAUGCCUAUAACAUGACUGACAUCCCCGAUGAUGGAGAGGUGCACAGCGGCACUCUUUGUGCCCCACACAAAGUCUGCAUGAAUUACUCCUGCAUUGAUCGUGCCGUGCUCCAUUACGACUGUGAACCUAAUGAAAUGUGUAAUGGGAGAGGAGUCUGCAACAAUUUAAGGCACUGUCAUUGUGAGGCUGGCUAUGCACCCCCUGACUGCAAAGCUGCAGGAAAUGGGGGUAGUGUGGACAGUGGCCCUCCUGGAAAGCCACAUGAUGGAAAUCCAAGUGAAGAUGAAAGCAGAAGUCACAGUGUUUCUCGUAGUAAUUCUGGCAGAGGUUGUGAGAAUGAAGAUGAAAGCAAAGGCCUUUCCAGGAUGGUGUACUUAUUCGCCUUAUUUCUUUUAAUAGUAUUUUUAAGUCUGAUUAUUGGUGCCAUUAUUGGGGCUGGAAAGGAGAGAUCACAGUGCCAACAAAAGGUUCUAGAAGAAACUCAAGAAACUGUACCAGAAACAGAAGUAGGCAGAUUAGAGGAAGAACCAGGGGGAAAAAUGAGUAGUGACAGGAAGAAGGCCAAUAUAGCAAAUAACUGAAUCAUUAGGUGGAAUAGAGGCUCAGUGGAGCAAACAUGAAGUUUACACUGACGGCUGCAGGCCCUGACAGGAAGUCUACAGCCUGUGGAAAGGAGUACUCUGGGGAAUAUCCUCAUAACUUGGACUCAAACACCAACCUCUCCUCUGGGGCUCAGCUGAAGGAAAAAUAAAAGAUUUACCUUCAACACAGGUGACAUUAUCAACUUCACAGGGAUGCAGUUCUGCACUAAGUAACGUUUUGCCCUGGUUUGCAAUGUUUCUUGACACCGUAUUAAAAAUGGAAAUAAAAACUUCCAGUGUUUACAAACUUAA